AUGGAGACCGAUAACACACGAGCAAGAGUCGCAAUGGCCUGCGAGGUCUGUCGCAAGCGGGUCCCAACCAGGAGAAAUCCUGACCCAGACUACAUUGCAACGGUGGAGGCACAGGCAGAAGCUCUAAAGGCGGAAGUACGCCGACUAGGAAACCUCGUCACUGUUUCAACGAUACCGAAACAUAUUUGCGAUAUUUUGGAAGAAACAUGUGAUACCGAGAAUGCCCCAUCCCAGCUAGACACUAGCACCCAGCAGAUCUCGGAGGAAAUUGAUUACACAGGGGGCUCGCCGGCAAUCCACGAUAUUAGCGAACUUACUUGGCGGCUGAGUAUCGAUGAGAGUGGCGAGACCACCUUCAUCGGACCCUCGGGCAACUUCUGCUUCCCAGUCUCACAUCCUCCACGCGGGGAAAUGAAACGAAAGACAGACGCCGGCGAUUAUCACAUACAGGAGCCGGUAACAUUGAGGCUGGAUCCCAACACAUCUCGGGUCGCCAGGCACCUUGUUUCUCUCUUCAAUACGUUUGUGAACCCUGUCCACCAAUUCGUCGACAUGAGCACACUCGGGAGCCUCGAAGCCAAUCCAUACUUCAACGCCGUGGAUAUUCUCACUUGCAAGAUUCUGGCAGCCGGCGCACUCUUCUCGGAUGACUCGGAAAGCAAAGCCCUUGGUGACCAGGGCUGCCGUCAGAUCAAUCAAAUCAGAUCAGGACCCAAAUCUGAUCUGAACUGA